CCUUUCCUCCUUAGGCUUCCUCCCUCCGGUGUGUCCCUGGAGUCCAGGCAGGGGAGGGUCUAGGUGAAGGUGCGGUGGCGGCAGCGGCGGCCUGGGGAGCGCGGUAGGAUCGCACGCCCGAGCGUCCCGUCCCAGCGCACAGGCGCAAGGAGAACGCUUGCCCACUCUCCUCCAUCUCUCCUCCCCUCCCUGGCUUUUGUGUCGCUGUCUCAGAGCUGCUAGGAGGGUGCGCUGGAGGAGGGGGGGGCUGGGGUGAGAGGCACCCCCUUCACGCGCGCGCGCGCACACGUUGCUGGCGCACGCACACACGCGCGGAUACAGACACGCACGCACACACACACAUAUACACACACGCACAAAGCUCGCUCGCCUCGAGCGCACUAACGUGGCCGUUUUCUUUGUGUGGAGCCCUCGAGGGGGGUUGGGGCCCGGGUCCGGUCCGGGGGAGAUGGCGCAGCCCAUCCUGGGCCAUGGGAACUUGCAACCCGCCUCGGCCGCUGGCCUGGCGUCCCUGGAGCUGGACUCGUCGCUGGACCAGUACGUGCAGAUUCGCAUCUUCAAAAUCAUCGUGAUUGGGGACUCCAACGUGGGCAAGACCUGCCUGACCUUCCGCUUCUGCGGGGGGACCUUCCCGGACAAGACUGAGGCCACCAUCGGCGUGGACUUCAGGGAGAAGACCGUGGAAAUCGAGGGCGAGAAGAUCAAGGUGAUCCAGACGGUUCAGGUGUGGGACACCGCCGGUCAGGAACGCUUCCGAAAAAGCAUGGUCGAGCAUUACUACCGCAAUGUGCAUGCCGUGGUCUUUGUCUAUGACGUCACCAAGAUGACAUCCUUCACCAACCUCAAAAUGUGGAUCCAAGAAUGCAAUGGGCAUGCCGUGCCUCCACUAGUCCCGAAGGUGCUUGUGGGCAACAAGUGUGACUUGAGGGAACAGAUCCAGGUGCCCUCCAACUUAGCCCUGAAAUUUGCCGAUGCCCACAACAUGCUCUUAUUUGAGACAUCGGCCAAGGACCCCAAAGAGAGCCAGAACGUGGAAUCAAUUUUCAUGUGCCUGGCUUGCCGAUUGAAGGCUCAGAAAUCCCUGCUCUAUCGUGAUGCUGAGAGGCAGCAGGGGAAGGUGCAGAAACUGGAGUUCCCACAGGAAGCUAACAGUAAAACUUCCUGUCCCUGCUGAAACCAAACGGUGUAAAUACAAGAGCAAUUAUCACUGGAGGUUUUUUUCUUUCCCUUUUUUCCGUGCCUGUGUAACACUGACACCUGCUU